ACACCCGGUUGCAACCCGGUUCCGGUUCGGCCCGAUAGGCGUCAGCUCGCCGCUUCGAUGAUAACGCUUCCUUUCGCUCGUCCGCUUCCUCCUCUUCCUCCUUCCCAUUCCCUGUUCCUCCUCCUUCUCUCUUCACUUCUCCAACAAUGUCUCUCUUCGGCGACGACUACGAGACCUCCUCCACAACCUCUUCCACCGCCGCCGCAAACCUCCGCUCCUCCCUCUUCGGCGAUGAACCCGCCACCCCGCGCACCUCCGUAGGCACCUCCCGCUCUGCUCGCUCCGUCCGCCAAUCCAUCCCCGCCGCCGUCCCCUCCUCGACCGCUGCCCUCCUCUUUGGCGAAGACGACGCCGGCGACCCAUGGUCCCGUCCCCCCGCGCGAGCAAACGCAAAGCCCACCGUCUCGACCUUGCUCGACCCGUCCAAAUGCCCGGCCGUCUACCGCGACUCCUUCGCCAGCGAGGGCCCCGUCAACUCCACCGUCUCGCUCGAGUCCGUCCGUCGGGCGGCCGACCGCGCGGGACUUUCUUCCUCGUCUGGUGAACGCAUUGUCCAGGUUAUCGCCCGCGCGAAACCCGACGGCCGUGUCGAUGACGGCACCUGGUGCGUCGUCAUGGCUCUCAUCGGCCUUGCCCAGGAGGGCGAGGACGACCUCUCCCUCGACUCUGUCGACGCUCGCAGAUACAGCCUCCCAAACACCCGCAUACGCUACGAACAGCGCCCGCCGCCAAAGACAAAGUCCUCGCGCAAAGUCCAGGCGAGACCCGCCCCCGUCGAGACCCCGGCUCCCACCCCCGCUCCCACCCCCGCGGCCCGUCAAGCAUACGCCCCUCCUCCUCUGUCGAUUCAAACCUCUCGCUCUCGCCAGCAGCAGCAGCAGCAGCAGCAGCAGCAGCAGCAGAUGCCCGAGGUCAUGACUCCUCCUUCGCCCUCGUCGCCGCCACCGAUUGCUGCGGACGACCCGUGGGCGAAUCCAUCCGACGAGUACUCGUCGUCGAACGCGUACACCUCGAGCUCAAACAACUAUACUCCCUACAACGACUACAACCAGUCAUCCUACUCGACCAACCUCAACAACAACACGACCUCCUUCACAGUCCCUGACGACGACGACGAUGACGACGACGUAGACCCCUACGGCCAGAGCAGCAACUACCCGGCCCCGACCGCGGCCUACUCGAGCUACAACUCCGGCUCGGCGGACAACAACUACAACCCAAACUACUCUGCCGUCCUCGGCGCAGACUACAACGAGCUCGCGCGGCCGCGCAACAACAUCAACGCCGCCCUGCUCACGGACGAGCCAAUCACGAUCCCGAACCCGCAGACGGCGCAGGUGGUCGAGGACGAGGACUCGGACGCGGAAGAAGAGGACGAGGAGCGCGACCCGAACGAUCCCGAGUACGUCGCGAGCUUCCCCUACACCCGCGCGCAGCCGUACUACGACGCCCACGAGACCGACCGCAUCCGCGUGACGAUAAUCCCUGAGAAGGAGGGUGUGUUGAUGUUUAAGCACGUCAACUACCUGCUCGAGGGCCAGGCGAUGCCCAACGCCGACGGCACACUCGCGCGCGGCGGAUACCGCGUCGUGCGCCGGUACUCUGACUUUGUCUGGCUUCUCAACUGCUUGCUGAAGCGGUACCCGUUCCGGCUGCUGCCGUUGCUGCCGCCGAAGCGGUUCGCCGUCAACGGACACUACCUCUCAUCGGACGAGUUCUUUCUCGAGCGCCGCCGGCGCGGUCUGUCGCGGUUCAUCAACGAGCUCGUGAAGCACCCUGUGCUGAGCCGCGAGCAGAUCGUGGUGAUGUUUUUGACGGUGCCGACGGAGCUCGCGGUGUGGCGCAAGCAAGCCUCGGUCUCGAUCGAGGACGAGUUCACGGGCCGCGCGCUGCCGGCGGGGCUGAUCGAGUCGUGGUCGGAGGAAGAGGCGCAGCGAUGGGAGGACGUCAAGGAAGGCGUGAAGAACGAGGCGGAGCUGUACACGCACCUGUGCCUGCUGAUCGACCGCAUGGAGAAGCGGCAGGAGUCAGUUGCGGCGGACCACCAGCGGUUUGCGAGCUCGCUGGGCGCGCUGCAGGAAGUUACACAGCGCACGUACUCGGUCGACACGGACGACCUGAGCCUGAUCAACGACGGCGUGAAGAACGUGGCCAAGUACCUGAACAACGCGCGGACGCUGCUGGAGGACGAGUCGCGCGGGUGGGAGAUCGGGGUGCUGGAGGACUUUAAGCGGCACCGCGACGGGCUGAUUGCGAUCAAGGAGCUGUUUGACCGCAAGGAGAAGCUGGACAUGAACCAGAUCCCGCAUCUCGAGCGCCGGAUCCGCAACAACGAGACGCGGCUGGGCGGGAUGCGAAACCGGUCUGAUUUCAAGCAGAGCGAGAUCGAGCGCGUGGAGGCGGCGAUCAAGCGCGACAAGGACGCGAUUAAGGAGCAGAACACGCGCAGCUGGCUGAUCAAGGAAUGCAUGCGGGACGAGAUGGCGUAUUUCCAGCAGACAAAGUAUCGCGUGGCGAAGCUGUUCCAGGAUUACGCCCAGGAGCGGCUGAAAUACGCGGAGUUGUUUGCGGAGAACUGGCGGACUCUGAGCAACGAGAUCAGCGAGGUGCCCACGCAGGCGUCGUGAGGAUAGGUGUGAUUGUCUAGUCUGGUAGUUGUGCAUAGGAGGCAGGCGCAUCA